AUGUCGCUGUUUUGUGUCACAUUCACCAAUUUCUUUCUUUCUUUCUUUCUUUCUUUCUUUCUUUCUUUCUCUCUCUCUCUCUCUCUCUCUCUCUCUCUCUCUCUCUCUUACACACACACACACACACACUUAAGACGCCGUGAAUUUCAAAACGCAUGGUUCAACGUCGAUGCUGUUAAAGGUUGGCUUGAGAUUCUCGGAAGGAGACUAGAUGAUGGUUACGGAUACAGCAAAUGCAGUGACACAGGCAAUAUUUUUCAAGACAUUGAAUUAUGGGAUACCCUGGCCAAAGUAAUUGCUGCGAUGCCCGCACGAUUCAUAACUGUACAAGAUUUGAAGGCAUAUGUUUUGAUAUCAGACGAUCCCGACUUGCCUUGUUACAACAAGCAAUGCCUUCCUGCCUUCUCCGAAUUUCAGGUUAUUGGAAUUAUCGAAGAUAUGGUAACCUUUGUGAAAAACAGCCAAACCGAAUCGAAAAUGAUGCGUUGUCUCGAAUGCAAGAUGGAUGACGUUCAAAGGCUAUUCUUCCUUCUUCUAAACAUUAACAUCACGUAUCUUUUCUUUCCUGUCUGUCUAUCUGUUUCCCUCCAUCUCCCACUCCCUCCCUCUCUCUCUCUCUCUCUCUCUCUCUCUCUCUCACUCACUCGCUCUUUUUUUGUCUUGUGUUUUAAAUGGUAG